CUUUAUUUAUAACCCCAGCUCCUCUACCUCUUCAACAAACAACACAAGCAAAUUUAACUGCUCCCAAAUUCUGAUCAAAACACCCCCACUUGGGAUUCUCAAGUCCCAACCAAAUCCCAUGGCAGCCAUGCUCAAGCUUCUCAUAGCUUUCUGUGCUUUGGUCUCUCUAUCUUCCUUCUCAGAUGCCCAAACUACAUGUUCCAGCUACAAUAAGUUCACCAGCAACCGAGUCUUUACUUCCUGCAGCGACCUCCCGUCCCUCAACGCCUUCCUCCACUGGACCUUCAACCAGUCCACCGGGAAUCUCAAGAUGGCGUACAGGCACACGCCAUCCACAUCCACCAACUGGGUCGCCUGGGCCAUCAACCCGGACCUCACCAAGUCCCAGAAGGCCAUGAUCGGCGCCCAAGCUCUUGUUGCUAUUCCUCAAACCAGCGGGGCUCCCUCACUCCGCAUGUCUUCGAUCACCGGAUACGACACGUCGUUGGCCAACGGGAGCUUGAGUUACGUUGUGACCGACUUGUCGGGUGAGGUUCAGAGCGGAGAGGUGAUCAUCUACGCCACUUGGACCCUGCCGACGAAUACCACGUCGAUUCUUCAGGUUUGGCAGGAGGGUCCGGUUGCGAGUGGGACCCCACAAGCACACGCAAUUGCUGUGGCUAAUCUUAAUGCUCAGGGGACUUUGGACUUGCUUUCCGGCACGACUGCCUCUUCCGGUGGAGCCAGCUCCACACUCAAGAAGAAAAACAUUCAUGCAGUGCUAAAUGUUGUGAGUUGGGGUAUCUUGAUGCCUUUUGGAGCCAUGGUAGCAAGGUACUUGAAGACAUUCAAGGCUGCAGACCCGGCAUGGUUUUACCUCCACGCCGGUUGCCAGACCUCUGCCUAUAUUGUUGGUGUUGCUGGAUGGGCAACUGGUAUUAAACUCGGUAGCGAUUCUGCUGGUAUCCAAUAUGACACUCACAGAAACAUUGGGAUUACUCUCUUCUGCAUUGGAACACUUCAGGUGUUUGCUUUGCUUCUGAGACCCAACAAGGAUCACAAGUUCAGAUUCUACUGGAAUAUCUACCAUCAUGUGACAGGGUAUCUUGUCAUCACUCUCAGCAUUGUCAACAUAUUCGAAGGAUUUGACAUCUUGAAACCAGACAAGAAGUGGAAGAAUUCAUACAUUGGCCUCAUCAUUGCUUUGGCUGUCCAAGCUGCUUUGUUGGAAGCUUACACAUGGUAUGUUGUAAUGAAGAGGAAGAAGGCUGAAAAGGCGCCCCACGGCGUGAAUGGUGUCAACGGCUAUGGUGCUUAGUGAUUGGAGGUUGCAGAACGAAUAGAAUGGCUUGAGGGGAGGAAGUGGUUUUUCUUUUGUGUGUCUUCCUCCUCUUUCAUCUCCCUUCUGCAUACACGUUCGUCCACCCUUUUGUAUAUUUAUCGCUCAGAUCGUGUUUAGGAUACAUUUAUGUACUGAGGGAGUUCAGGAUUUAGAGGCAGAGAUUUGAUAUAUUUGUCAGUUACUCUUUACAGUUAUUUUUCUCUCCUGCUAUAUUGAUUUGAUUUUUCCAUUUUAC